AUGCAAUGCGCUUCUCGGGGACCGGAUGUCAACCCUGCAGGCGUAGCCGAAAAAAGUGCGAUGAGACUAGACCCGUCUGCCGUCGAUGCACGAGAACCGGAAGGGCUUGUACGGGAUAUCGACAGGCCUUUGAGAUCGUCCAUGACGAGAACAGCUACGCAAGUGGCAAACAAAAACGGCCCCGUGGACCUCGUCCAAUCGUAA